CUCUCCAAACCGGCUCCCAAUCCUGUGUUCUUUCCCAUUCUCCUACCUCUGCCCGGUUCAGCGAGGCAACGAGCACGAGCGAAUAGCGCAACAGGCGCCGACGCGAUGCCUUCCACCAAUCCCUCCUCCUCCUCAUCCGCCGGCGACAUCAGCGACGCCGCCGCCGCCGCCGCCCUCUCGAGGCCCGCCGCAUAUCGGGUCACCUCGUCCCUCCUUACCCAGGACGCGGUCGAUGCCCUGUGCAGGAAGCACGGCGUGCCGACCGCCUACACCGCGCGCCCCGCUGGCGACCGGCGCGCCUUCACUCCGCCUCCAGAGCGGGCCGUGUGCCUGUACGCGCACGCUCUCGAGGCCGGGGUGCGCCUCCCGCUGCACAGCUUCUUCUCCAAGGUGCUCACCCACUUCAACCUCGCGCCAGGCCAGCUCGUGCAUAGCGGGUGGCGCGUCCUUGUGGGGUUCGUGGUGUUCUGCCGCGAUGCCGGCGUGAAGCCAUCGACGACCGUAUUCCGCUACUUUUUCUCGCUGGUCACAUACAAGUCCGGGUGCUGGUACGGCUUCCGAGCUGACCACGACGACCGCAAGCUCUUCACUGGGUAUUGUCUGGAAUCCGAGGAGACGUGGAAGGGCAGGUUCUUCUUCCUGACAUCGCCGGAGCCAUGGCCCUGCCCCGUGCUUUGGGCCGAGCGGCCGUCGAAGUACAAGUACUCCAGCAGCGUCCCUGAGCGAGUGCUCACAAGCCGGCAAAAGAGAAUGGCGGCAAAGCUACUGGGCGCACGCAGCACCGCGGUUGAUCUCCGGACUUACCUCUCUGAUACCAAACUUGCAGAGGUUUUCUCUUCCAGCAUCGCCUCACCACCGCCCGGACCUGCCCUUCAUUCCACUGGCGGCAAAGGCACGGAUUCGUCCGCGGCGACUGUGAAACCUGAGCCGGACGGCGACGCGCCGACGGUGUCCCUGAAAAAGAGGAAACACGAGGAGGCAGCUAUGGCAAAAGACGACCUUUGCCGUUCUGAGCAGAGCACGCCGCAUGCUGCCCAUGGCUGCUCGGCCUCCGCAUCCGGCUUGGGUGCCCCGCCAGGUUUCGACCCGAAGGCACGGCACCUGCCCGUGCCCGACACACACGACGGCGACAGCGCCGACUGGGAGGCCGCGAAGAAGGUGCUAGAGUGCAUCACCACGCCGUCGCGGGAGCGUGGGUUCGCCGCUGCAACGCCCUCCGACGUCGUCGCGUCGAGCUACUCCGCAAUGCUCCAGGCCGCGAACUACGCGUCAUUCUCCUUCGGCUAUGCACUGGAGCUGGAGAAGAAGCUGGCUGCGCGGGACAAAGAGAAUGCCGCUCUACGAUUGCAGCUGGAGAGCGCCAAGGCCGAGUUGACCGCGGCGAAGCGCGCAGCGGAGGGGAGAUGAAGGCCAAGACGACGGGGAUGUAGAAGUGCGCCGCUCUCAGGAUAUGGCCGCGCCUCGACGCCGCCCGGCUCGUCGUCCACCUUGUUGAUUUAGUUGUUCUUUUGUGCGUGCAUGUCCUUAGAAGUACGACUCUCUCAACAAGUACUGCGCUAUUUUGGUUAUGUAAUGGGAAGGACAAGGUAACCCAAGUUAAAUUCA